CAGUUAGGUAUAGUCAGUUGUGACUAUCCCUCUACUGACACUGGUAUUGUCAGCGGUUAUUGUUCAAAUUCAAAAAUCAUUUCUUUGCAUAGUAUACGGUGUGUAGUUUAUAUGUAGUAAAAUAUUACCAAGCACAAAGAAAGCCACUAACAUGUGUGAGCAUUUCUACUGGCACGUACUCUGACUGACACUCUGAUAUUGUCAGUGUUGGUCUUGUAUCCCUUUGCUGGAUCUGAUAUUGUGCGUGUCCCAUGUAUAAACCUAAAGAUUGUGUUGAACAUCAGGAGGUUGGGAUGGCAGGCCGAGCAUCCAGGGGCAGAGCUAGGGGCCGCUAUCAUCAACAAGAUCAAGAAAAUAAUUUAUGCAGACCUGGCCAGGAUGACCUUGAAGGUCAGAUGCAGAGGCUACAUCUGCAGAGUGACGUAACACGUAGAGGAAGAGGCGGUAAUGAAAGAGGAAGAAGAAAUGGUGGUGAAAGAGCAGCGGGAGGUAGAGGUCGAGGAGGAGGUCGAGGACGAGGUGGUGGCCACGGGGAGAGCUUCAACCUGCUACAGAAGAUGAGUGAAACAAGAGAGUGUGUGGUGUGGACUCGACCUCAGCACGUCACUGACAAAAGAGGCACCUCGGGUCAACCUAUCAUGCUGAGAACCAACUAUUAUGAGGUGAAGGCCACGCUUGACUGGGUGUUAUGUAUGUAUCACGUCACCUUCACUCCCCCGGAGGGCAGGACCAAGGUGAAGAAGGUGCUGCUCAGACAACACAGUCAUGCUCUGGGUAACUACAUCUUUGACGGCAACCAGCUCUACCUCGGUCACAAACUACAACACAAUCCUCUGGAGUUGGCGUCGAAGCGGCCAGACAAUCAGGAGACCUACACGGUCAAGAUCCGUUUUGUGAAGGAGGUUCCCCCGUCAGAUACACAGUUCCUGCAGAUAUUUUCCAUCUUGCUGCGUCGAUGUUACGAAUACCUGGGACUGACUCAAGUGGGUCGUCACUACUACAACAGCAGGGAGGAGGUACAGAACCAGAAGUACAGGGUAGCCAUCUGGCCUGGAUACGUCUCUAGCAUAAGACAACACGAGACGAAGAUUAUGAUGAUGACAGAUAUACUUCAUAAGUUCCUCAGACUUGAUACCGUCUACGACAUUCUCAGGAAGAUCAAGAACACCCAACCAGACAGUUUUAAGUUCGUGGCAGGGAAGCAGCUGCUGGGGAUGGUUGUUAUGACGCGUUACAACCAGAGGACUUACAGGAUCGACGACAUUGCCUGGAACCUCACCGCUGCCAGCAUGUUCUCCUGCCAAGGACAAGACAUUACUUACUUGGAUUAUUACCAGAAGACAUACCAGAUGACCAUCAAGGAUCCCUACCAGCCGCUGCUCAUGUCGAAGCCGAAGAAGAAGGACCUGCGUCGUGGCCAGGGCAACAUCUACCUCAUCCCUGAGCUGUGUGUGGCCACGGGACUCUCCGAGGACAUGCGACACGACUACAACCUCAUGAAGGAUUUCGCCAGCUGGACGCGCAUGCCGCCAGACAAAAGGGUGACGGCGCUCGGGAAAUUUAACACAAAGCUCUUCGAGAACCAGCAAGUGAAGGCAGAGUUGCAGCAGUGGGGAUUACAGUUCUCACAGGUGUUGUGUCAGGUGAGGGGUCGCGUCCUGCCAAGUGAGGUCAUCACCCAGGGCUCCCACACCUUCACCUACAACACCUCAGAGGCAGAAUGGGCUAAGACCGUGAAAGACGUUGCUGUGAACGCAGGUCAGAAGUUGACCAACUGGUUGCUGGUGUACCCGGUCAAGCUGAAGAAAGAAGCUGAUGACCUCCUCCUGGGACUGACCAAAGUCAGUCGGUCACUCAGGCUACUAAUCACACAACCAAAAAUAGAAUGUGUGCACGAGGACCUGACGCAGGAGUACGUGAGGGUCCUGGCCAGGCACGGUGGCGUGCAGGCUGUGGUAUGUAUCCUGCCUAACAACAGGCUGGACAGGUACGCUGCUCUCAAGAAAUAUACCUCUGUUAUCAUGGGCGUACCAUCCCAGAUGGUUCUGGCCAAGAGUCUGCAGAAUAAGACGAGAAUGCUCAGCAUCAUCUCUAAGAUUGCCAUGCAGAUCAACUGUAAACUGGGAGGAGAAGUAUGGAACAUCCAGAUACCCUUCCAGAACACGAUGGUGGUUGGGUACGACGCUUACCACGACAGCGUACAUCGCGGUGCGUCGUGGGGCGCCGUCGUGGCGUCGUUCAACACCAAUCUAACCCGGUACUACGGUCAAGUGACUCGCCAUGCCAACCACGAGGAACUGACUGCUAACUUCUGCGCCUCCAUCCAGAACGCGCUGUGUCACUACAAGGAGGUGAACGGGCAGUUGCCGGAAAGACUGAUAGUGUACCGUGAUGGUGUUGGCGAGGGUCAACUACAGUACGUCAAGGACACAGAGAUCGCUGCCAUCAAGGCGUGCUUCAAGGCCAACAACUUCUCUCCACGCUUCAGCUUCGUCGUAGUCAGUAAGAGGAUACACACCAGACUCUUUGCUGAGGGUGCCACCACUGGUAACCCCAUUAAUCCGCCUCCUGGCACCGUCUGUGACGACGUUAUUACACUCCCAGAGAGGUACGACUUUUACCUCGUGAGUCAGAGAGUACAACAGGGGACAGUCACGCCAACAUCAUACAACAUCCUGGAAGACAUCAACUCUAACUUGGACGCUGAUAGGCACCAGCGCCUCGCCUACAAGCUCACCUACCUCUACUACAAUUGGAUGGGUCCUGUGAGGGUACCAGCGCCUUGUCUCUACGCUCACAAGUUAGCAUAUAUCACUGGUCAAGCUAUCCACGACCUGCCACACCACAACCUCUCUGCUACCCUGUGGUAUCUCUGAAUACCAAGGUUCUACUCUGUGGUAUCUCUGAAUACCAGGCUUCUACCCUCUGGUAUCUCUGAAUACCAGGUUUUUACCUGGUAUCUUAUCAGCAUAUUCUUCGCGUGUUCACUGAAUAAGACACAUACAACACCUGGGUAUCUUAACUGGAGAGACAUUGUGGCUACACAGAUGGCUCUUUCACUCUAUUAGAGGGAGUCAUCUUCCUAUUAGAUUGAAAAAGCCUGUUGCAUCUUUGCAAUAAAAAUACUCAGGUGUUGCAUAGUUGUUUUAUUCAUUAUCAUAUCAAUACUGAGUAACUCAUGUCUCAUCAUGUAUAUUCUAGCUGGAAGGGGUCGCUAACCUGGCCAGCUACCUGGGUAGCUUUCUGGGUAGCAUUGAAAAUUGGUUGGGCAAACAUUUUUGUUUGUAAGUAAGUAAGUUUAUUCAGGUAUACACAAAUACAGUUACAUAGAAUUAUCAUACAUAGCAGCAUAUGUGUAGAGAACCUGGGAUAACCCAAAAAAGUCAGACAGAGUGACUUAUUUCCAUUGGGGUCCUUUAAACUUAUUUCCAUUGAGUUUAGGUUUGUGCAGGACUUGUCUAGUAUGGGCCAGUAGGCCUGCUGCAGUGCUCAUUCUUUCUUAUGUUCUUAUGUAUCUGCUCCUCAAUGUAUCCCAUCACACACACACUGAGGAUCUGUCUUAAAUGUGUUUCAGUGGUGAACAAAUGCCUUAUAGGCAAAUCGUUUAGAUUUUUUCCAUUAAUCUUUUCCUCAAUUCCAAACGUUAUCAGUAUAUUGUACGAUUAUUUUAUUAUAACUUGUCAAACCUAGAAAUAGAAUAGUUUACAAAGAACAGAAUAUUCGUAUGUAUAUAUGUAGUUACCUAUGUAUGACUCCCAUAAAGGUGUGCCUAUAUGUCUAUAACAAUGAGGCAAUGUAUUUAGCAUCUAAGAAUGAGUCUACAGUGUAUGUGUGUAUAACAGUGUACAUA